AUGGCCCCCACCCCUACCCGCCGGAAAUCCAUUGCUGUUCCUCAUCACACAAAACCAGCACGCCCCUCUCACAGGCGCCGCCCUCACAGCAUCACCCCAGGCGAUUCUGCGCCGAGGAAAAGUAUCCUCAAAUCUUCUAUCAAACCGCCCUCCCCAGAUUCUACAGAAUUACCCGACGAUGGUACACAAUCUAUGGAUUUCACCCGCGAUCUCCGCAACGAAGACCAUGGAAACGAUACCCGCAGGAGCUUCAGUCGACGCGUCAGCUUUGCAGAUCGUGCACACGUUCGACUCUUUCGCAAAGACCACGCCUCGGAUAUAUCUGGCUCCCAGUCCUCCAACCAGGAUGAUAAUGGCAGUGAUGCUCCCGAAGUGACCCCCGACCCUGCGAUCAACACGAAUAAGGAGAAUGACUACCCCGGCGCAAACUUGGCUCGCCGUCGCAGCUCUGUGCGCAUGUCUGUGGCGUUCACCGAGAAUGGAGAAGCCUCAAUGGAUGUCGACUCGGACUACGAUCCCAACAGCUCUCCACUUCCCGCUGGGUUUUUGGAUGAGGGCUCAGGAAUCAUGGAUGAAGAAUUUGAUGAAGGGGAGUUCAGCGGAGACGACGACGACGACAUGGAGCUUACCCAGGCCAUAAAUGCCCACGCCGCCUCACAAAGACGAUCGUCGGUCAUUCCCCGCCCACCCCUCGCUGAAGUUUCUGUCUCGCCACCAGAAGCAGACGAAUCCUAUGGCGGUGAAGACCAGUUUUCCCAGGAAGAAAGCUCGCUUUCCCAGGAUAUGUCUUUAUCGCGCGAUAUGUCGCAGGACAAUUCUCGAAGCACCGGUGCCGAUUCCUCCUCUGAUCAUACACAACCAAUGGAAUUUACCAUACCCCUCAAUAAAUCACUCCGUAAACCCGAGCCCCCCAGCGACGCUCUUCGUCAACUCGCCGCCAUGACUCAUUCCGGCGACAUGCCUUUUGAGCGCGACGAGGACGAGGAUGGUACUUACGACUUCAAUGCUGGGCAUGUCAGUACUGGCACGGAUGACAUGGAUUUAACUGAUGCUCAGACCCGACUAAUGCGUGCCCGCGAAUCCCUUGGUCUAGGAAAUGAUGGCCCUCCUGCAGAGCAAGAACAGGAGUUUGACGAUGAUACCUUCACAAGCACGGAGGGGGACUCUGCAGAGAUGAACGGCAACGAGACUGUCAAUGUAACUAAGCUUUGGAGGCAAAGUCUGGGUGGUGGGGGAGACGCCAGUUCUACGAUGGACCUCACCACUGUGCAGCCGACUUACCCAAGACACGCCGAUGAAGUCAUGGCUAAUUUGGUUCCGAAGCAACAAUCAAUCGCAACGGAUGCUCUUCAAUCGAGCGUCCUCAAACAGCCUCCUGCUUCCAACCUUCCCCGAUCGAAUAUUUUUGAACCGUCACCUCCCAACCCCACCAACUCCCUGGCGUCAUCUUCUCGAUCAAUUGAACCUCGGUCCCAGCCCGUGUUCACUAGCCCCGACUCAGAAACUGCAACCGCCCCUCCUAAACUUCCGCCGCCCGUCAAGACUAUGACGGCCUCCGCUUCACCGCGCAAAGGGGGUACUGCUGCCUUUGCACCUCCGGUCGCGCGCCCACAACCGAGUGCCAAACGUCCUUUACCGUCUGAUAUCGGGUCUAUAGAGCCGAGUAAAUCUGCUCAUGCGAAACAGGCAGCCAUUCCUGCCGCCGCCGUGAGACGUCCGAGCUUUGGGGGUGGCUUACGUCGUCCAUCCGGGUAUUUUGCCCAACGUAAGAGCCUUGGUCCGUCAGCUGCGCCGGCCGAUGCAGCGAAGUCAAGCUCACCCAAAAAGAAACCAGGCUUGGGACUUGGGAGGGCCAGCAUAGGCAGUGUCAAUGAACUUGACCCAGAGCGCAGUCUUGUCUUCGAAAGGGACCAGAGCAGACUAACGCCUUCUCCUCCUGGCCAACAGGAAGUACAAAACACAGUUGAGGCUAGCCAAAACACUCCCAGGAAAAGCCUGGCGUCGCCACUACCCAUGAGACCUCCUCCAGGAUAUGUUCCCCCGCCAAGCGCCUCGCCUUCCAUGUCAAAAAGGGCUUUGGAGAAGCAGAGGUGGUCACCUGAAGCGGAGGUCACUGGUAGCACAUUAGAUCCUGUUGAUCAGACGGAACGAUGGAGGGCAGGUGUACCCGUUGAUGAUGAGUUGGAGGAAGAAAAUAACGAGCCCCCGAUCUCCAUCGAACAGUUUUUCGCUAUGACUGGUGUCCGUUUCAUGGACGAAUUGGCUGCACCCCGACGAUCGACAGUCUUUCCAUCGCAGCUGCAAGGUCGCAGACGGUCGUCACUUUCUGAAGCGAACAUACCUCUAGCGGACUAUUUUGCGGCGAUGACAGUGGACGUUCCGCAGUUGGAACUCUACUCUCAUGUCGCAAAAGACCUACAAGCGUGGAUUGAUCAUAGUAAGGAUAUUUAUCAACAAGCCGAGGAGGAAGCUGCCAAGAUCACGCCAGCACUCUUCCGCGAGUAUUCUCAAGCAGACGAGGACGUCAAAGAAGAGCUACUGCACCAACUGAAACUCAUCAAAUCGAACAACCAAGCCACAGCUCGAUCGCAGUGGUAUGACUGGAGACUGCAAUGGGUCGAGCAGUUACAAGCUGCGGCGGAUAGCGGCUUCUCCAACCUGCAGAAGGACGCCGAAAGUCUCGAAAAUGUAAUAUCCGAGGCUCAAGACAUGUUGCCUGCCAUGCGCGCAGAGCACGCAAAAUUAAUGCAAGAGCUUCAGGAGGAGCAGGCGAUCGCAGACGAAAUUGACAACAGCGAUCAAGACUACUUGAAUGAAUUGAAGAACACAAUUUCCGACCAAGCUUUGGCACUGGAGGCUUUCCGUGCGGACGUCGCUGAGACGCAGGCUAAACAUGACCGUCUUCAAGAGAAGCUGGACGAGAUUGAAGCCGAGAAGAAGGAGGCAAUGAAAGCUAUUGAGGAAUCGAAAAGACUGAUCGACAUACAGAACAAUAGCACCGAGGCUGAAGCAUUCAGAUUGAAAGCUGAGCUCGAUGCUCUGGAACAAAUUAAUCUCUGGCGCGUGGCCAAAGUCAGCCCUCAACUAUUUGACCUAGUGUAUGCUUCUCUGUUCCGAGUGACCGUCCCGUGCGAGAAAUUUUCGCCUAUAUUCCCGAAAAUUGAGAUCACACGCACGAAGGUGUCGCCUCCCAGAUUCAGGGACCAUUUUCCUAUAUUCACGGACACCACCAUGAGGGUGGCACAGCAACGAGCUCGCUCCAUGCGAAAUUUGGGGGUGAAGCAUGUGGUGCAGUCCCUUGGAGACUUCUGGUCCGCAUGCAACCAGCUUCGCUCGCAGCUCACCUUCCUGUCCAUUAAAUUCCCGUUGACUAUCGAGCCCAUGUCCCUGAACGACGGUAACGACAGAAUAUCUGGAGUCCGAGCGAAGGCUAUGGUGUUGCUGGACAGCCUUGAAAGCAAAGUGUACAUCUAUUUCAUAUGGGACUCUGAUGUCCUUGCUAGAUGGCCAUUGUCAAUAGCCUCCAUGAAAUACGAUAUCAAAGUCGCAUAUGGCGAAGCUGAUUCCAAGCGUCUUCGAGAAGCAGUCAGAGAGAGAAUUUCGCAAGCCACUCCUAAUGACCAUCAUGCUUGUUUGUUGGAUGCAUGCAUUGAGGCGACUUUGGUUUAUGAGCAGUGA